CCGGGCGGUUCCGCCUUGCGGGGGUUGGGAAGUCCGGCUUCAGGUCCGCCUGGGCCAGACCUGAGAGCCCAGGCAUCGGUCCGCGGUCGGCCGCCAGACUUGUGCAGAGCCCUCGCGCGCCUACCCUCCGCGCUCCGCCGCGAUGCGCUCCCGCUGCCCAGCGCUGUUCCCCGGCGUGGCGCUGCUUCUCGCCGCGGCCCGCCUCGCCGCUGCCUCCGACGUGAUAGAGCUCACGGACGACAACUUCGAGAGCCGCGUCUCCGACACCGGCUCCGCGGGCCUCAUGCUGGUCGAGUUCUUCGCACCCUGGUGUGGACACUGCAAGAGGCUUGCCCCUGAGUAUGAAGCUGCAGCUACUAGGUUGAAAGGAGUAGUCCCAUUAGCAAAGAUGGAAUUGUCAGCCACCUGAAGAAGCAAGCAGGACCAGCUUCAGUUCCUCUCAGAAAUGAGGAAGAAUUUAAGAAGUUCAUUAAUGAUAAAGAUGCCUCUGUGGUAGGCUUUUUCAGGGAUUUGUUCAGUGAAGCUCACUCGGAGUUCCUAAAAGCAGCCAGCAACUUGCGCGAUAACUACCGGUUCGCACACACCAAUGUCGAGUCUCUGGUGAAGGAGUACGAUGACAAUGGAGAGGGUAUCACCUUAUUUCGUCCUUUACACCUUGCCAACAAGUUUGAGGACAAAACAGUGGUAUAUACAGAACAGAAAAUGACGAGCGGCAAAAUUAAAAAGUUCAUCCAGGAAAACAUCUUUGGUAUCUGUCCUCAUAUGACAGAAGACAAUAAAGAUUUGAUACAGGGCAAGGACCUGCUUAUAGCUUACUACGAUGUGGACUAUGAAAAGAAUACUAAAGGUUCUAACUACUGGAGAAACAGAGUGAUGAUGGUGGCGAAGAAAUUCCUGGAUGGUGGACACAAACUCAACUUUGCGGUGGCUAGCCGCAAAACCUUCAGCCACGAACUGUCUGAUUUUGGCUUGGAGAGCACUGCUGGAGAGAUUCCUGUUGUUGCUAUCAGAACUGCUAAAGGAGAGAAAUUUGUCAUGCAAGAGGAGUUCUCGCGUGAUGGCAAGGCUCUGGAAAGGUUCCUGCAGGAUUACUUCGAUGGCAACCUGAAGAGAUACCUGAAGUCUGAGCCAAUCCCUGAGAGCAAUGAUGGGCCUGUAAAGGUAGUAGUAGCAGAGAAUUUUGAUGAAAUAGUGAAUAAUGAAAAUAAAGAUGUGCUGAUUGAGUUUUAUGCUCCUUGGUGUGGUCACUGUAAGAAUCUGGAGCCCAAAUACAAAGAACUAGGAGAGAAGCUCAGCAAAGACCCUAAUAUUGUCAUAGCCAAAAUGGAUGCCACAGCCAAUGAUGUGCCUUCUCCAUAUGAAGUUAGAGGUUUUCCUACCAUCUAUUUCUCUCCAGCCAAUAAGAAGCAAAGUCCAAAGAAAUAUGAAGGUGGCCGUGAAUUAAGUGAUUUUAUUAGCUAUCUACAACGAGAAGCUACAAACCCCCCCAUAAUUCAAGAAGAAAAACCCAAGAAGAAGAAGAAAGCACAAGAGGAUCUCUAAAGCAACAGCCAAACAUACCACUUUGUCAAAGGACUCUUCUACCAGAGAUGGAAAAAACAGUGGGGAAGACUGGGACCCAUGUGGGAUUAUUACCUCUCAGCCAAGAGGACAGAAUGGAUAUAAUCUGAAUCCUGUUAAAUUUUCUCAAAACUGUUUCUUAGCUGCACUGUUACCAGGACCAGUUUAUGUUUGUGGUUUUGGGAAAAUUAUUUGUGUUGUGGGGGUGGGGGGAACUGAGUUGGGGGGUUAUUUUCUAAUUUUUUUUUUGUACAUUUGGAACAGUGACAAUAAAUGAGCCCCCUUUAAACUGUC